ACCGGGGCGCACCGUGCUCCGCCUGCCCCGCAGCCGCAUGCAACCGCAAUCACUCAUGGCGGAUCAACCACCACAGACGAGAAACGCAAAUCCGAUGGGACAAACACAAGCCUCGCAUCGCAUGCAUGCAUUCAUGCACGCAUAUGCUCCCAUUUAUCAGCUCACCUACCCACAACCACACCAAGAAACAAAUACAGUUCUAGUACCACGGGCGAGCGAGAGAGCUCGAUCACACUUCAGUAAGUUCACGAGCGUCAGUGUCGUCGGCGUCAGGCCAACCACCAGUCCACCACAGCCACCAAACCAUGACCUCACGCAGCAGCUCAUCCCUCCUCCUCUUCGUCCUCCUCGCGCUUGCCGUCCAAGCGGCUCCCUCUGCCGGCGCGCCGGUCGUGGACACGGUGGCGGACUCGUGCGACGCGAUCCGCGACUUCGUGGACUACGCCUUCUGCGCGGCCGCGCUGCGGUCCAGCGGGCCGGGCGCCGCCACGGCGGACCGCCACGCGCACCUCCUCAUCGCGGCGGACCUCGCCGCGGCGCGCGGCACGUCGGCGCGGGACGCCGCCACCGCGAUGGCGCGGGACGAGCGGGACCCGGGCGCGCGCGACGGGAUGGAGGCGUGCGGGAUCCUCUACGGGGCCACCUCCGUGCCGGCGCUGCAGUUCAUGCGCGGCUACGCGGCGGCGAGGGCGUGGGACCGGGCGCGCUCGCUGCUCUCGCUCACGGGGCAGGCCGGGAUCGGCUGCGAGGCGGCGCUCGCCGGCGCGCCGGCGGCCAAGGGGAGGAUGGCCGCCGCCAACCGCGAGUUCGACCAGCUCACCACCAUGGCCACGGCGCUGCUCAACAAGGUCGAUCAUCUCGGGUGACGUGGUGACAUGCCAUCAGAGUUCCUGUGUUAAUAACCAGAGCCCUUGUGUUGAUUAUUGGAGUAGUUCCUUGAGCAAACUAUAGUAAGGGCGCAUGUUGAUUAUUAAUUCCUUCAGCAAACUACUGUAGUAAUCGCGCAUGUAAAAUUUGGAUUAUGAUUACUCCCUCCAACAACAGUUUAUAAGGCAUGUACAUCCAUGCCACCUAGGAGUAUUUGAGUAGUCAAGGCUACCUUUUCUAA